AUGCUAACCCCCCAAUAUCGCCAACAUGUAUUGUCUCCGUUUGAGUAUGUCAAACCCGGAACUGCUAUUGUGAACAACUCCCCUGAUGUCACUAUGACCCAUAAUACAAUAGAUAAUAGUACUUCGGAUUUCACGUCAGAGAUGGACUUUGAAACGGCGUAUAACAUGCUCAUGACUCACGAUACACUGCCCUCUAUGGGAACUUCUCCCUCAAGUUCGCAUGGUUUUGGAACUCUGGCGACAAGCCCAGGGGCAGGUCAACAGGUGUUUAAUGGGUUUCAAGGGUACUCCUCUUCAUCUCCAGAUCAGCAGCAGAAAGUUAAGACGCCUUCAAAUCAAAUUAUCCCCGAUCCAAGCGCAGAGUUCGAAUAUCACCGCAAACAGAUCCUAAAGAAUUCAGGUGCAAAUGGCUCCCAGCCUUAUUCUACGGCAAAUGGAGUGUCUCCUAACACAAGAAACUUGCUACAUUCAAUUAAUUCGAAGAGCUAUAAGAAUAUGUUCGGUAUGUUUUCCAAUACGCCCACGUCUUCAUCCUCUGGCCCAAGCUCUGAUCUCCUGUCGCUUUCUGAGAGCAGCGUGUUAACUGAGUUUUUGGAUAGUCUUGUUGACGAUGUUAAACUAUCUUCACUUUCCAAGCAUUGGUCAUCGAUUGAUCCCUUGGCAACCGAAAAACCUUUGGAGACUGGCUCUCCUCUGAAUACCAUGACAUUGCCCGAGUUGAAGCUUCAAAACUCAGACUUGAAAACCAAUUUGGCUUCCAUCCCUUCAAUGCACAAGAUCAACCUCAAUUUUUCAAAUAAUUCAAGUGCAGACACAUCUCGAUGUCAGUCACCUUCGAUUUUAAGCUUCAAAACAAAGUCAGAUAGCCUCCAACCACCAUUAACAAGCGUUAAGACCGAGAUUACACACGAAAGGAUACCGAGAUCACCCAACAAGUCCACAGCUACAAAGAGAAGAGCAACAACAUGUACAAAUGCUAAUAAACGCAAGCGCUCAAAUGAUGGCAGACCCCUUCUUUCAGAAGACGAGAAGCGACGCAACCAUACUUCGUCAGAACAGCGACGAAGAAUGAUAAUUAAAGAAGCAUUUGAAGAAUUCUGCUCACUGACCGUUAGGCCUGAUGAGAAAAUACGAACUGCACCCUCUGCUUCUUCCAAGCCUGCAGCACAAAAAACCAGAGGUAAAGAUGCUAAGAAGAGUCUCAGUAAAUAUCUGAUUAUGACAAAAGCUAUUAAUGAAAUCGAAAGACUGGUCGAAGUUAACCAGAAGUUAAAAGAAUUACUAAGUUAA